AUGGCCGAUGACAAGAGCAGGAAACAGGCUACACUGGGGAGGUUUUUCGGCUCGGGCGCCAACCAACCGCCGAAGAAGCAAACCACAUUAGCCUUUGGUGGAAAGAGACAAGCAACAAGCAGCGAUGCCGCUGAUGCGGAGGCCAAUGAUAACACCGACGGAAUUGAGGUGGAAGACGCUGCCGACUCAGCACCAACUGCUAUCCCCAAUGGAACGGAGCCAACGAAGGGUGUGAAGCGGGAAAAGAGCGCCGAGGCGGAAGAAAGCGAUGGUUCAGAUAUCCAACCUGUCUCUAAGAGACGACGAAAGGCCUCGGUGAAGACCUCUCCAGCUGCCAAGAAGCAAUCGGCAUCCCCGAAGAAGCCUGAGUCUACAAAGCCAAAGGUUGAAGCGCCAUCACCAAAACCAGCAGUGCCAAAGCCCUCCGAUGUUACUCCUGAAGAGAAGUCACCGUCAGUAGAAGAAGACGAGGAUCCAUUGGAAAGCGAAGAUGAAGAUGACCUCAAGCCGGAACUCGCGAAGAAAUCAAUCGAAAAAUUCCAAGCCAAAUUGCAAGCCAGUGGUAAAGAUCCAUACCCGGAUUGGAAGGCAGGCACUCCUGUCCCUUAUGCUGCCUUGUGUACCACAUUUUCUCUUGUAGAGAUGACCAGAAAACGCUUGGAGAUCACGGACCACUGUUCUCUUUUCCUUCGCCAGGUUCUUCGUCUGACCCCUGCCGAUUUCCUACCCACUGUUCAGCUGAUGAUCAAUAAACUGGCUGCCGAUUACGCCGGAAUUGAACUGGGCAUUGGGGAGUCACUGAUCAUGAAAGCUAUUGGUGAAUGUACCGGCCGCAGCCUUGCCGUCAUCAAAGCCGAUCAACGGGAAAUCGGAGACCUGGGACUGGUCGCUGCCAAAAGCAGGUCAAACCAGCCUACCAUGUUCAAGCCCAAGCCCUUGACUGUACGAGGUGUACAUGAAGGCCUUCUUGGAAUUGCCAAGGUCCAAGGUCAUGGAUCACAGGAUAAAAAGAUUUCAGGCAUCAAGAAACUGCUGUCUGCAGCCGAUGCCGACACGGCUGGCAAAGGGGUGGAUAUCACCAAGGACAAGGGUGGUCCCAGCGAAGCUAAAUACAUCGUUCGCUUUUUGGAAGGUAAACUGAGACUUGGACUUGCGGAGAAGACGGUUCUUGUCGCUGUCUCUCGGGCAGUCCAGACUCACGAGGCUGAAUUAGCCGGCAAUAAGAUCCCAUCCGCUGAGGAAAUGGCAGCGGGUGAAAACAUCUUCAAGUCUGUUUACAGCGAGCUUCCUGCCUACGAAGUAAUCAUUCCUGCCGUUCUUGAGCAUGGUCUCUCCAAGCUGCCUGAAGUGUGCAAGCUUUCUCCCGGAAUUCCUAUCAAGCCUAUGCUUGCCAAACCGACCAAGUCUAUCACCGAGGUUCUUGACCGGUUCGAAGGGAAGGAAUUCACUUGUGAAUAUAAGUACGACGGAGAAAGAGCCCAGAUCCAUUUUGUGUCUCCGGAUUCUAUCCACCAAUAUCCUGGAGCUGUGAACACAUUACAGAAGGACAGCAAGGGACUGUCCUCGAUCUUUUCCCGCAACUCGGAAGAUCUUUCGAAGAAGUAUCCCGAUGUUCUAGGCAAACUUGACACAUGGGUCAAACCCGACGUUAAGAGCUUCGUUCUCGAUUGCGAAACGGUCGCAUGGGAUACGGAGGCGAAAAAGGUUCUUCCCUUCCAGCAACUGAUGACUCGCAAGCGCAAGGAUGUCAAAGCGGAAGAUGUCAAGGUCAAGGUCUGUGUGUACGCCUUUGACCUGCUUUUCUUCAAUGGAGAGCCUUGCGUGAAGAAAUCUCUACGAGAACGGCGAGAGCUAAUGCAUAAAUGCUUCCAACCGGUUGAGGGGGAGUUCCAGUUUGCCCAAUAUGGCAACUCUAGUGUCCUCGAUGAGAUCCAAGAAUUGCUCGAGGCUAGUGUUAAGGCUUCUUGUGAGGGUCUUAUGGUGAAAAUGCUGGACACAGCAGAGAGUGGUUAUGAACCAAGCAUGCGGAGUCGCAACUGGCUGAAGGUCAAAAAGGACUACCUCGCCGGUGUUGGUGACUCUCUUGAUCUUGUCGUACUCGGGGCCUACUAUGGUCGUGGAAAACGUACUUCGGUUUAUGGUGCCUUCCUUCUCGCUGCCUACAACCCCAGUAACGACACAUAUGAGACCAUAUGUAACAUCGGCACUGGCUUCUCUGAGGCGCUACUUGAAGAGCUACACCAGACGCUAGUUCCCUUGGUGAUUGACCGCCCAAAGCCAUUUUAUACUCAUUCAACCGUUCCCAAGGACCAACCGGAUGUUUGGUUUGAGCCAAGACUGGUGUGGGAAGUCAAAACAGCCGAUUUGACCCUCAGCCCACGCUAUCAAGCCGCUGCUGAUGAGUUCCAAGGUACAACCGGCGGUGGAAAAGGCGUGUCUUUGCGUUUCCCGCGGUAUAUUAAAUCCCGCGACGAUAAGAAGCCAGACGAGGCUACUACCACCCGUGCUGUUGCAGAGAUGUAUCGAAAACAAGAAGCAGUUACCAAGGAUACUACUAGCAAGGGAGGUGUGGAUGACGACUUUGAGUAUUGA